AGCAGGACCUAAAAACUACCCCCCCAAAAAACGAAACUUCAGUGAAUGUAGGAAGAUCUCGGGUAUCAAAGAGAUUAAAGAGUUAUCACUUCUUAUGAAUUGGAGUUAUAAAACAGAUGUUUGGAAGAGGGGAAAACACGUGAGUCCACGGUUGUCGUGUAGUGGAAACCAAAGUUACACGAAGCUAGUAUUUAGCGAUGACAUUGACAGUUGAGAGCAGAACAUGGUUAUCGAAUAUAUUUUGAAGUAUGAUUUAUGUAAUCCGACGAUUAUUUCUACAAGAAAAUGACGAAUUUAAACACGUUUAGAUUACAAACUGUUAAUUUGUGACAUUAGCAGCAGAGACAAUGGCUCUACUUUGUGUUCAUCUCGUAAGGCGCAGUCACUUCUGUGGGCUUUCUGCGCAUGUGAGUCGGAACUUCCAGGUCCACGUAAACUCAUCUCAGGUCAACCUUCAAAGAAUAACUAAUACUGUACGAUUCCGAACUUCUCCGGCUAAACAGCCCGUCUUGUUGUUGGGAAAUGGAAGAAAAAUGUAUUUCCGGUUCAGUCCCCAAAGCCCCUGUCCCCUGCCCUGUGGUCGGGUCUGUUCUCACCUGAUCCACACCUCGGCCCCACGGAGAGCCCUGCCUGCUCCUCUCAUAUGGAUGGUCCUCAAACCUCUACAAAAAGUCAUGGCUAUUAUACUGGGAAGGAGUAUAAGGAAGUGGUGGGUGGCACUACCAGACAACCGCAGGGAUCUCAUGCGUGAAUGGGCCUGGCAGCAGCGGUGGAGAUUGGCAGCUGGGGCAGGUGUUACCAUGGUGAUGAUAGCCCUGCUUCUCCUCACCCACCUGGAUGAGUCUCCAGUGACAGGACGGACCCGCCUCCUGGUGUUCAGCAGAGAGAAGUACAUGGAACUGACAGCUCUGACUUCGGAAGCGUAUGUAGAGCAGUUUGCAGAAGUAUUGCUUCCGGUGACUGACGCCCGUCACCAGGUGGUGGAGCGGGUAGUGCAGCACCUGGUUCAAAGGAACAAGGACAUCCCUGAAGUGUCUGAUGUCGCAUGGAGUGUCCAUGUAGUGGAAACUCCCAACAUCAAUGCUUUUGUCCUACCAAAUGGGAAAGUGUUCAUGUUUACGGGGAUGCUGGAUGCUGUGACGGAUGUUCAUCAGCUCACCGUUGUUCUGGGACACGAGAUGGCUCAUGCAUUACUGGGACAUGCUGCAGAACAGGCCAGUCUGUCACAUGUCGUGGACCUCCUGUCUCUUAUUCUGCUGACAGCCAUCUGGGCUGUGUGUCCACGAGACAGCCUGGCAAUGCUGGGACAGUGGGCACAGGGCAAGCUCACACAGCUGAUGUUCAAUCGUCCCUUCAGUAGAAAACUGGAGGCAGAAGCUGAUGAAGUGGGACUGCAGUUGGCUGCUAAGGCAUGUGCAGAUGUACGAGCAGGCCCUGUAUUCUGGCAGCAAAUGGAAAUCAGAGACCAGCUGAAAGGAGAGCCCGCUGUUCCUGAGUGGCUGUCCACACACCCAUCGCACAGAAACAGAUACAGUCAGUUGGACCGCCUCAUACCUCAGGCUCUUGAGUUGAGGGAUAACUGUGUAUGCCCCCCCCUCCCUGCUUCAGACCCACGUGCCGUCUUCUCCAAAAGUGUCCAUGUAUUGUUGGAAAAUGCCAAGAAUCAGGUGAAAGGAGUGUCAGAUGGGACAAACAAACCCCUGCCGCACAGCCCCGGAACCCUCCCCACUGCAGCUCUGCUCGCCCAGACUGUCCAGCCUUGUUCCUUAAAUGUGGAGCAAGAAAGCAAAGUUCAAGUCACAGAUGCAGCUUCAGAGACUGCUGCAGCAGGCCCAGCCCCAGCACCUGCUGAGGAGGACAGAUCCCAGCACCAAGUGCAGUGCAUCGCCUGAGGGAGGACUUAGAAUCUAUAUGUGAGCAAUGUGAAUGUGAGCGAUCCACUGGUGGUUACACUUGUCAGCUGCUUUAUUUGCAGAACCAUUGACUACUGUUUUGCUGCUAAAAUUCUUUUCAUCUUGGUGCAUUAAUUUUCAGAGCCCUUGAGUUCACAGGUGAUGAAGGGAGUAAAAGGUUUCCAGUCCACCAAUGCAGAGACCAAAGGUUUAGAGGCAUUUCUGAAUGAAAAACACAAAAGUAAACCUUCUACACAUUACACAUUCUUCAUAAAUCCAUGGCAGUGAGGUGAGAAAAAACAGAGGUAUUCAAAUGUGGAGAAAGCGGUGGGAAUAGUCAGCAAAAAAAUCAAGGCCAUGAGUAACCUUUCCCUCUGCUGCAACACAGAGAAUGCUAUCCCUGCCUAGUGACUACCAAGAUGCCACAUUAAUUAGAUAACCUAGGAUGGAAAAAUGCUGAAUUAAUUAGUAAAGCCUCCAUACAUUGCACAAUUAAUGUGUACAUUAUUCAUUGACACCUGGCAGCAGUGGAGAAUAAGCACUGUGUGUGCAUGUUCGUCCACGGCAGACAGAGGACAUCUACAUUCUCAUUAUGAUUACUGCAUUCUCAUGCCACACACACAGCACUUCUGCAUACUCUAGCCUGAGGUACUUAAUGGUGUAAAUUUAUGCUGGGUUGUUUGCAGUUUUUAAAACACAGUCGUCUGCACAGGAAUGCCAAUAUCCACCAUCAAGCAGUGAGAAAUCUUUCAUGGGAUUUUUGUAAAAUCUUAUUUAACAAGGGAAGUUGACUGAGAAAACAUUCUUAUUUACAGCAGCAGCCUGGGGGAGCAGUCAAACAAUGACUAGGGUGUGCAGUUAUGGUUCAUAUCUUUGUAAUCUUUUUGUGUUUGUGCUGAAACAAAUAGCACACUUGGUUAUGCCUUGAAAUGAACAGAACUGCCUAUUUUAUUUACGGUGUGUGCUGUAGGUGCAGAGCCUGUAUCCGCUUGUAGUACAUUAGUAGACAGUCUCAGACCUGCUGAUUUUAAUGCAUACAAGACCAGUCGAUAUUACAGUUUGUUUCUUUAUAAGUAGCCUGUGAUAGGUGGGUAAAGCUGUGCAAUGAAAAGCCAGGGGAAUAUUGUUUUUUUUUUUUUUUUUUUGCAUAUCAGUAACUCAGCAUAAAUGUGCUCUGUUUGCAAGUGGGAGGAAAAAAGAUGAAGAACCCUGGAAGAAAAAGAAUCCAGUUUAAGUGGGGGUUUUAUCUGUACUCAAUCAACUGCAGCAGACAUAGAAUGUAGCAAGUGCAUUCACUUAUUUUAAGCACAAAUUGGAGGCGCUUAUGUCCUUUUUGUUUCUAAACACUCCAUUACAUUUCAGAGAUGAAACUGUAAUUUUUAAUGGGCUACAGUCGUAUGACAGAUGAAUGACAUAACAAGCUUUUAAAAUGCAACAGUGGUUUAUAACCUUUUGGGCCUCUGAUGUUUCACAAAAAGCAGUACGUUUUUAAGGUUACUGUUCUGAUAUUUAUCAGUUGUUAACAGCUCCAUCAAACAGGGAAUUUUUUUUUUCUCUCUGAACUUCUCACGCAGUUUCAUUUAAAUAAAUGGACAAAUCAUUCAGUAUCUCAGAACUUUGUUUUGGUUUUCUCCUUUGUCAUUAAUCAUGUGAUGAGCACUUAGAUUAAUCUGGCCUCCCUGUUUUAUAAAACCGAAUAUAAAGUAGUUGAAACUAGCAACAAAAGUGAAGCAUCUCAAUUGAUAAUCUAAUGCUAUAUA